AACAAAAUGGGAAUCCGACGUGGCGAUUAAUUUGGAGCUGAGUGGGAAAGGGCCACGGUAUCUUCUUCAAGUCUACUCAACGAUGUUCUUACGAUUCCGAAAAGAACAAAUAAAAACAGAAACCAAAAGAAGAAAGAAAAACGUUUCAAAGAAAACCAGGAGAAAGAGAGAGAGCUGGGAAUUUAAAAUCGCAAGCAAAUAAAGUGGAAUUGAAAUAGAAAAGGGAAAGCAUGGCAAAAGAGGGGAGUGGAUCCAUACUUCAAUUCGCGCCGUUUCAGAGUUCAGUAGACGAGGGAUUUUGGCACCGAUUAUCUUCUUUGAAGCUCAACAAGUUUGGCAUCGACGAUUCUCCGAUUCCUAUCUCCGGUUUCUAUGCACCGUGCUCGCACCCUCAAGUUUCGAAUCAUUUAACUCUGCUUGCUGAAUCCCUGCCGUCUGAUUCUAAUGAGGGAUCAGCAAUGCCGGCUAUUAUUCGAGGCAAUCGAAAUAGGUGCUCUGUACCAGGCAUUCUUUACAACACAAAUACGAUGGAAAGUUUCCAUGCUUUGGAUAAACAAGGCUUGCUCAAGGCAGAAGCAAAGAAGAUUUGGGAGGAUAUUCAUAGCGGAAAAGCUGUGGAGGAUUGUGCAGUAUUAUCAAGGUUCCUUCUUAUCUCAUUUGCAGACCUGAAAAAAUGGAGCUUUCAUUAUUGGUUUGCUUUCCCUGCUCUUGCACUUGAUCCUUCUGCUACCUUGGUUGAUUUGAGGCCAGCUUCUCAAUGGUUCACCUUGGAAGAGGCAGAAUCUGUGUCAGCAGAAUGUAAUGAAUGGCGGAACUCAAGUGAAACAGCUGAUGUGCCAUUUUUUUUGGUUAGUAUCGGCUCUGAUUCACGUGCUACCAUUAGGCAUCUUAAGGAUUUGGAAGCUUGUCAACUUGAUGGUCAAAAGUUGCUAUUUGCAUUUUAUGACCCAUGUCAUCUUCCAAUCAAUCCUGGCUGGCCUCUGCGCAACUUCCUAGCACUUAUUUGUUCCAGAUGGAAUCUGAAAACAGUUCGCUUUUUGUGCUAUAGAGAGAAUCGUGGUUUUGCUGAUUUGAGUCUGUCACUUGUUGGUGAAGCCUUAAUUACAGUUCCACAAGGAUGGAGGGAACAUCAAUCUGUUCCCAAUGCUGUAGGAUGGGAGCUUAACAAGGGCAGAAAAAUUCCUAGAUGUAUUAACCUUGCUAAAUCCAUGGAUCCGACUAGGUUAGCUAUAUCUGCUGCAGACUUAAACUUGAAACUAAUGAGAUGGCGGGCUUUGCCAUCUCUUAACUUAGACAUCUUGUUUUCUAUAAAGUGCCUUCUCCUAGGAGCAGGUACCCUUGGUUGUCAGGUUGCUCGAAUGCUUAUGGCUUGGGGUGUCCGCAAAAUUACACUACUUGACAAUGGCAGGGUGGCCAUGUCUAAUCCAUUGAGGCAGUCGCUGUAUACAUUGGAUGACUGCCUUAAUGGUGGUGAUUUUAAAUCCACAGCAGCAGUGAGAAGCCUACAAAGAAUAUUUCCUGCAGUGGAAGCAGAAGGUGUUGUUAUGGCCAUCCCUAUGCCUGGACAUCCGGUGUCCAGCCAAGAAGAGAAAAGUGUGCUUGAAGAUUGUAGACGACUCAAUUAUUUGAUCGAUUCUCAUGAUGUAAUUUUCUUGUUGACUGACACUAGAGAGAGUAGAUGGCUCCCAGCACUUCUCUGUGCGAACACUAAUAAGAUAACCAUUACUUCAGCUCUAGGGUUUGACAGCUUCCUGGUUAUGCGGCAUGGACCUGGUCCUUUUAACUCCACUCGUUGCUUGAAAGCUGAAACGUCAAAUUCUUUAUCUGCUGUCAUGGACAGCCUUACCCUAACAAAUACAGAUGGAAGGCAUAGACUGGGUUGUUACUUCUGUAAUGAUGUGGUUGCCCCAACAGAUUCAACUUCAAACCGCACAUUGGAUCAGCAGUGCACUGUUACACGCCCAGGGCUUGCACCUAUUGCUUCUGCACUUGCAGUUGAGCUUUUAGUGGGCAUAUUGCAUCACCCUCAUGGGAUAUUUGCUGAAGCUGAGAUUGCCAACUCCCAUAGUGGUGGAAACUCUGAGCUUCCUCUGGGUAUUUUACCCCAUCAGAUACGAGGUUCCCUUCCCCACUUUCAACAGAUGACCCUUGUAGGCCACUCCUCUAACAGUUGCACAGCAUGUUGCAGCACUGUUGUGUCGGAAUAUCGCAAGAGAGGGAUGCAAUUCAUACUCCAAGCUAUUAACCACCCUACGUAUCUGGAGGAUCUUACUGGACUAACAGAGUUGAUGAGAUCAGCAAACUCAUUUCAACUAGACUGGGAUGAUGAAAUAGACGCUGAUGAUGAAUGCAUUGAACUGUGAAAAUCAUUUAUACUUUCAUAGUAAUUUAUUCUUCUGUAAUACUACCUUGUCAAUUGUAUAAAAACAAACCAGAAAAGCAAUGUCAAAAAUUUAUAUCCAUAGUCAGUUUCAUCUACAGCUCGAAUCCAAUCUGACAUUUUCAGAGGUCGAGAGCCUUAUCCUAAUAUGACAUUCAAUGAUUAUAAUUUAAUUAAGUUACUUGCAAUGCUAACCACAGCACCAGUGGUCUAGUGGUAGAAUAGUACCCUGCCAC